AUGAAGACGACCUGGAAGGAUAUCCCCCCGGUUCCUACUCAGCAGGAGUUCCUGGACAUCGUGCUGAGCCGGACUCAGCGCAAGCUGCCCACGCAGAUUCGCGCCGGCUUCAAAAUCAGCCGUAUUCGAGCCUUUUACACUCGCAAGGUCAAGUUCACCCAGGAGACCUUUUCUGAAAAGUUCGGCGCCAUCCUCGAGAGCUUCCCCCGACUGCAGGACAUCCACCCGUUCCACAAGGAUCUCCUCAACACCCUCUACGAUGCCGACCACUUCAAGAUCGCCCUCGGCCAGCUCUCCACCGCCAAGCACCUGAUCGAGACCAUCUCCCGCGACUAUGUCCGCCUGCUCAAGUACGGCCAGUCGCUCUUCCAGUGCAAGCAGCUCAAGAGGGCCGCCCUCGGUCGCAUGGCCACCCUCAUCAAGCGCCUCAAGGAUCCCCUCAUGUACCUCGACCAGGUCCGCCAGCAUCUUGGCCGUCUGCCCUCGAUCGACCCCAACACGAGGACCCUGCUCAUCUGCGGCUACCCCAACGUUGGAAAGUCGAGCUUCCUGCGCAGCAUCACCCGCGCCGACGUCGACGUCCAGCCUUAUGCCUUCACCACAAAGAGUCUGUUUGUCGGCCACUUUGACUACAAGUAUCUCCGCUUCCAGGCCAUCGACACCCCCGGAAUUCUCGACCACCCUCUCGAGGAGAUGAACACCAUUGAGAUGCAGAGUAUCACCGCCAUCGCCCACUUGAGGUCCGCCAUCAUGUACUUUAUGGAUCUCUCGGAGCAGUGUGGCUACACAGUGAGCGCCCAGAUUGCUCUCUUCAAGAGCAUCAAGCCCCUCUUCUCCAACAAGCUCGUCUUUGUCGUCGUCAACAAGAUCGACGUCACCAAGCCCGAGGACCUCGAGCCCGAGCUGCAGGCCGAGCUCCAGUCCAUCCUCAAGUCUGGUGAGGUCGAGCUCCUCCAGCUCUCCUGCAACACCCAGGAGGGUGUCCAGGAGGUCAAGAACGCCGCCUGCGAGCGUCUCAUCGCCGAGCGCGUGAACCAGAAGCUCAAGGCUGGAACAAGCGCCAGCGGCAACAUCGGUGGCAGGUUGGCCGAUGUCAUGUCCCGAAUCCACGUCGCCCAGCCCAUGGGCGGCCAGUCCCUCGAGACCUUCAUCCCCGAGGGCGUCAAGGACCGCAAGAAGUACGACAAGGAGGACCCUGAGCGCCGGAAACUGGCCAGGGAUGUCGAGGUUGAGAACGGCGGUGCCGGCGUCUUCAACGUCGACAUGAAGGCCGACUACCUGCUCGAGAACCCCGAGUGGAAGUACGACAAGAUCCCCGAGAUCUUUGACGGCAAGAACGUCUACGACUUCAUCGACCCCGACAUCGAGGCCAAGCUCCAGGCCCUCGAGGAGGAAGAGGAGAAGCUCGAGGCUGAGGGUUUCUACGAGUCGGAUGAGGAUGUCGAGGACGACGAGGAGGCCGAGGUGCUGCGCAAGGCCGAGCUGAUCCGCGAAAAGCAGCAGCUCAUCCGCAACGAGGCCCGCAUGAAGAAGCGCCUCAAGAACCAGGCCAUCAUCCCCCGCAAGCUGGCCAAGAAGAACCUCUCCGAGUUCGAGGACGCCAUCGACGCCCUUGGAGUCGACGCUACCGACAUCGCCGAGCGAGCCCGCUCAAAGUCGCGCCCCCGCGGCCGCUCCAUGUCCCGCAGCCGCCUCGGCACCGAGGACCCGGAUGCCAUGGACGUCGACCGUGCCAGCACCCCUCGCGACCGCAUGCGCUCCAUGAGCCGGGCCCGAAGCCGAGCCCCGACCAGCAGCCGCCGCGACGACGGUGUCCAGGACGACGUCACCCGCACAAAGGCCGAGCGCAUCGCCAAGCUCAACCAGAAGCGCAUGAACCGCAUGGCCCGCCAGGGCGAGGGCGACCGACACACGACCGCCUCCCUGACCAAGCAUCUUGUGGUCGGAAAGCGUGGCAUGGGCAAGACAAACCGUCGAUAA